ACGGCCGGGGAGUGGCUGGAGGAAGGCCAUUCGGAGCUCUGCACUGCCUACUGGGCCUGGGCUCGGUGAAGGUGGAACAGAGAGAGAGGGUGCGGGGCAGGCCUGAGUGAGCAGUGGUCCUGUGGCUGCCCCAGCCCCGGCCCCGUGCUCUGGGCCUCAGUCUCCCCUCCCCUACCCUCUGGCCAGCGCUCAGGACGCAGCCUGCUUCACUGAGCCCAUCUGUCUGAGACGCGCUCACAUCUUCCUCUUUUGUGACUAGAAGUCACAGGGCGACGCACUAAGCCGUACAGUCGCGGAGGAACCGCAGAGCCUAAGAGUGUGAAAGGGCAGAGGGGAGAGUGACAAGAGAAGGGGAGAAGUGAGACGGUGGGGCAGAGGUGCCCUGGACCAUGGCCGAGUCGGUCACCUACGCGGACCUGCGGUUUGUGAAGGCGCCCCUGAAGAAGAGGGUGUCCAGCCCGCUGGGACAGGACCCCGAGGCUGACGACGACGGGGAGCUCACCUAUGAGAACGUGCAAGUGCCCACCAUCUCAGGGGGGGCCUCCAGCUUGGCCGCCUCUGGGCCAGGGGACAAGGCCGGGGUGCAGGCGGAGCCGCCCGCCGCGGCCUGGAGCUCCGUGACGUCCCCCGCAGCCUGGCGGCUCCUGGGCGGCCACUCCACCUGCUCCAAAUACCUCCUCCUGGGCCUGCUCCUCACCUGCCUGCUGCUGGGGAUGGCUGCCAUCUCCCUGGGAGUGCGCUAUCUGCAGGUGUCUCAGCAGCUCCAGCGCACCCACAGGGCCCUGGAAGCCACCAACAGCAGCCUGCGGCAGCAGCUGCUCCAGAAGAGCUCGCAGCUGGGCCAGCGGGAGCGGGAACUGCAGGGCGCCCGGAGGGAGCUGGCCCAGACGCAGGAGGCGCUGCAGGUGGAGCAGCGGGACUGCCAGGCUAUCAAGGAGCAGUCACAGGCCUGCCUGACCAGCUGGGAGGAGACAAAGGAGACCUUGACAAGUCAGCAGACGCAGAAGAUAGAGCUGGAGGAGAAGGUGAACCGGUUGCAGGAGAAGCUGAGGCCCCUCUGCCUGCCCGAAAUGCCGGAAAUGCGGAGUCCCAACUUGGACCACCACCACCCCCCGCAUCAAGAAAUCUGCUGUCCCCUGGGAUGGAUACUGAUGGCGACGAAUUGCUUUUACAUCUCACUUAUUAAAAGAAGUUGGGAAGACAGCCAAAGCUAUUGUAAAUCUCUGUCCUCCAACCUCGCAGUGGUCACUGAGUAUUAUUAUUCAGGUUUCUAUGGCAGCAGCUUAUAUAAGGUGUUGGAACAAAUUGAUUCGUCUGGUUCAUAUUGGAUUGACUACAGGUUGAAGGACGGGGACAGGAUUGAUGGUAAAAAAACCUCUUGGUUUCAUGGUCAAAACAAAAAAUGUCCCUCUGUACAAAACAAGUGGCCAAAAUAUUCACCCCAGACAGAGUGUUCUACUUCUCUUCCCUGCAUCUGUGAGAUGGCAUCUAUCAGGCGUUCAGAGUACCACUGAGCUGAAUCCUCAUGCCAACAAGAGCCUGUGCCCUUCAUCCCUAACCUGCAGCCACAGGUCCUAUGAUUCUUUCUGCAGCAUUUCCUCCCUCUGCCUGGACAGUGCCCGGCCAACGGCUUGUCUAUGCCCAGCAUCCUAGGCAGCCUGCCGCCUGCUUGAAGUCCUGCCCCAGAAGCCGGACUAUUCCUGGGAAAAGGGUACAGAAAAGACUUUGGCCUCCAAGAACCUCCCGUAGUGGAGUGGGGGCUGAGGGGAGGAGGGCGCACGGGCUGAGCGGAUAGGGGCAGCCCGGAGCCAGCCAGGCAGUUUUAUUGAAAUAUUUUUAAAUAA